AUGUACCCGCCAACUGUCCAAUCCAGUAGCCUAUCCCAUCCACCGGCCCCCGGGCACUCCGCGCGCCGCCGCUCCGAGGCUCCCCCACCAACUGGCAACCCCCGGCGUCCCAGCCGUGGGCCGCUUCCCGGCAUGGGCGUCCCUGCCAACUGGCGACUGUCCCCCCCACAGCGUGCCGCCGCCACCAACCGCCGGAUCCCCAUGUCGCGGCCGCCAACUGGCGAGUCUGCCCCCGCCGAACACAACGGGCUCGCGCCCGCCGGUUCCCCGCUCCCCUCCAGGCACCCGGCGCUGCCGGAUCCAUGA